AUGACGCAACGCCGUGCGUGCGGCGCCCACUUCCGGCCCGCCGCCCGCCGCAGUGACAGGCAGCAGUCAGAGCGCGGCGCGGGCACAGCGGGACCGCCGCCCCCCGCCGCCGCCAUGAACGGCAAAGGGCAGUACCCCACGCAGCCCUCCUACCCCGUGCAGAGCGCUGCCAACCCCCCUGUGUACCCACAGACUGUGCCCCUCCCGCAGCCCCCGCCGUACACCGAUGCUCCUCCUGCGUACUCCGAGCUCUACCGUCCCAGCUUCGUCCCUCUGGGGGCUGCCACCGUCCCCACCAUGUCGGCAGCGUAUCCGGGUGCCUCCGUCUUCCUGCCCGUGGCCCAAUCCGUGGCCGUGGGGCCCAUCGGUUCCUCUGUCCCCAUGGCCUAUUACCCCGUGGGACCCGUCUACCCACCGGGCUCCACCGUGCUGGUGGAAGGUGGCUUUGAUGCUGGAGCGAGGUUUGGGGCUGGAGGAACCGCCAGCAUCCCUGUGAGUACAGACUGAGCCCCGAAAACCUGCAGGGAGGAGAUGUGCCUUGAUUUCUGACCUGGGAGGUGGGGGGG